UUUUUUUCUUACAGAAUGCCAGGCAGAGGAGAGCAGAGGAAUGAGAGGGAGGAAGAUUCCUCGUCCUCCUCCGAUGAGGAGUACGAGGUGGACGAUCUUAGAGACAGAAUUAAGUCAUCGAGAGGCAGCAGAUUUAAUCUCAUCGAGAACGAGUUCGGUCUCAAGGCGACAUGGAGGAAGUUCAGUGCUCAGAGCGUCGUCAACAGCCUCAAAGACCUCUCCGGCCUCCUCAUCUACCCCGACAACUGGUGGUAUCGGGCAUGGACCAAGUUCAUAUUGAUAUGGGCAAUAUACUCGUCUUUCUUGACUCCCAUGGAGUUUGGCUUCUUCGCGAAGCUACCUGAAAAUCUUUUUAUACUGGACAUUGCAACCCAAUUUGUUUUCUUUGUCGACAUUGUUUUGCAGUUUUUUGUUGCCUACAGAGAUAGUCAGACCUACCGUAUGGUUACUAAGCGUACAUCUAUUGCUCUACGGUACUUGAAAUCAAGUUUUAUUAUUGAUUUACUUGCAUGUAUGCCUUGGGAAGCUGUAUACAAGGCUUCUGAAAGGUCAGAAGUGAGAUAUAUUUUGUGGAUUAGGCUCUAUCGGGUGCAAAAGGUCAUCGAAUUUUUUCAACAUAUGGAGAAGGAUAUACGAAUCAACUACUUGUUCACCAGGAUAGUAAAGCUCAUUGCCGUUGAACUGUACUGCACACAUACAGCUGCCUGUAUAUUUUACUUUUUGGCUACCACUUUGCCUAAAUCUGAAGAAGGCUACACAUGGAUUGGAAGUCUAAAAUUGGGUGACUAUAGCUACUCAAACUUUAGAGAAAUUGAUAUGUGGAAGAGAUAUACAACGUCCUUAUAUUUUGCCAUCGUCACCAUGGCAACCGUGGGCUACGGUGAUAUACAUGCAGUCAAUAUGAGGGAAAUGGUGUUCGUAAUGGUUUUUGUCUCUUUUGACAUGAUUCUCGGAGCUUACCUUAUUGGUAACAUGACAGCAUUAAUUGUAAAAGGAUCAAAGACAGAAAAGUUUAGAGAUAAAAUGACAGAUAUGAUUAAAUAUAUGAACAGAAACAGACUUGGCAGGGACAUCCGUAAUCAGAUCAAAGGCCAUUUACGUUUGCAAUACGAAAGCAGCUAUACUGAGGCUGCUGUUCUUCAGGAUAUUCCCAUCUCCAUUCGUGCUAAGAUUUCCCAAACUCUAUAUAUGUCUUACAUUGAAAAGGUCAUUCUCUUUGAGGGAUGCUCGACAGAGUUCAUCAAUCAGAUUGUCAUUAGACUUCACGAAGAGUUUUUCCUCCCAGGAGAAGUGAUAAUGGAACAAGGAAGUGUGGUGGAUCAGCUUUAUUUUGUCUGCCAUGGUGCACUGGAAGAGGUAGGCAUAGGGCAAGAUGGAUCAGAAGAGACAGUUUCAACUCUUGAACUGUACAGCUCUUUUGGCGAAAUUUCCAUCCUUUGUAACAUUGCUCAGCCUUACACAGUCCGAGUUCGUGAACUAUGCAGGCUUCUGCGAAUUGAUAAACAAUCUUUCACCAAUAUCCUUGAAAUAUUUUUCAGUGAUGGGCGGAAAAUCUUGAACAAUCUUCUAGAGGGGAAACAGUCCUACCAAGUUAAGCAACUAGAAUCAGACAUCACAUUUCAUAUUGGAAAGCAAGAAGCAGAGCUCGCUUUAAGGGUGAAUAGUGCAGCAUAUCAUGGAGAUGUUCAUCAACUAAAAGGUCUGAUCCGGGCUGGCGCUGACCCUAACAAGACGGAUUAUGAUGGAAGAUCACCAUUGCAUCUCGCAGCAGCAAGAGGAUACGAAGAUAUUGUGCAUUUUCUAAUCCAAGAAGGGGUAGAAAUUAACAUCAAAGAUAAAUUUGGAAACUCACCAUUACUAGAAGCGACCAAGAAUGGACAUGAUCGAGUUUCUUCUUUACUUGUUAGUGAAGGAGCCUCCCUGAUAAUAGAUGAUGCUGGUAGUUUUUUAUGUGCUGCUGUUGCAAAAGGGGAUUAUGAUUUUGUUAAAAGGAUGUUAUCCAAUGGCGUUGAUCCUAACUCCAAAGACUAUGAUCACCGAACGCCUCUUCACGUCGCUGCCUCUGAAGGAUUGUAUUUAAUGGCGAAGUUGCUGUUAGAAUCUGGGGCUAGUGUGUUCACAAAGGACAGAUGGGGAAACACACCACUUGACGAAGGCCGAAUGGGUGGAAGCAAGAACUUGAUCAAGAUCUUGGAAGACGCAAAAUCUGCUCAAUCGUCUGAAUUUCCUUUUAAUUCAAAAGACAAUACAGCCAAUGACAUUACCUUAUUACCAAUUACAGAGAAAAAACAAGCAAAGAAAUGCACAGUGUUCCCUUUUCAUCCAUGGAGUCCUGAAGCUGAGAGAAAAAUCGGAGUAAUGUUAUGGAUCCCCCCAACCAUCGACGAGCUAAUCAGGACAGCAGCAGAGCAGCUACAACUAUCCAGCGCUUCCAGUAUACUAUCGGAGGACGCCGGUAAAAUUCUUGAUGCUGAUAUGAUUUAUGACGGCCAAAAGUUGUACUUGGUCAGUGAAACACAUUGAAUUUGAACACUUUUAGCUAUUGUAAAUCAAUCCAACGUUGUAGCAUAACCUGUAUCCUAUCUGUUGUGUGCAAUUAAGAGUACUUAUAUGGGAGUUCUAUACUUCCAAUACAGAAAUCUGCAACACAUAGACUUGAUAUUUAAACUUAAUAUCAAUCCAAUUCAUAGGUUGCUUAUAACACAAGACAGAGAAAAUAACAAACACUAAGCACAGCAAACCCUUAG